AUGGAUGGCACUCUGACAGUAAACUUUGAGCUCAGUACAUACGAAUUUGUUUUCCGGAAAAAGGAUGGAGAUCUUUUCGUAAUUACCCAUAUGAUUUAUCCUGCCAUUCAUUUAUUCCUACCAAACACAUUGCUUUGUUCGGAUUUACGUUAUUCAGAAUUAUUCCUUACACCAAAACGGCACUGCAAAUCUUCAUUCAACGAAUAUGAGUUACAUCGUGCCUAUAUUACUACAAAGUCACUUCAUUCCUCAGCAAGCGUGAUGUUACACGUGUCGCAACAGACAGAAGGGAAGAUGAAAGUGUGCUUCCAUUAG